AUCUUGACACACCUUAUCACCAGCUCUGAGUAAAUAACGAUCACUGGCCUCGUGCCUCCACGAGCGGCAGGUGAGGCGUGACGUCAUGGUGAUACCUUCGGACUCCUUCAAGUAAAUCCAUAAAGGUGUGUGUCAGGUGCAGCCCGCUCUUACUCCAGAGACAGGUCUCACCGCAAAAUACUGAAGAGGGAACUGUCUGCGGGGAAUAACAGAGGCCUAACAUGCAGCACGGGGUUUGAGUGACACCUGCCGCACCAGGAUGUACCCCAGCUCUCCCACCAGAGUCCCGCCGCAGCCCCUGUCUCUGAGCAGUCCGUACAUCGCCCCAACCUAUGAGUUCCCCGCAUAUCACCCUCAUGUGGACCCCUCCACGAGCGCAUGGAACCCCUACGCCCCCAGGGACGAGUAUCUGUACAGCCUCCAUCAGGGGUCAAGCCCCGGCACGGGACAGGUCAACUUCACCUCACACGAGCUGAGCAGCACCCCAGUGACUGCAGGAGGGGGGGUCUUCAACAACUACAGUUUUAUGUCCGGACAGGACCCCUUUAUAUCCAGAAGGAGACCUCCUGAAUCACCCAGGACCCCAGCUGUUCUAGGGGGGAAAACUCGCACCAAGGACAAGUACAGGGUGGUGUACACGGACCACCAGCGCCUGGAGCUUGAGAAGGAGUUUCAGUACAACAAAUACAUCACAAUGAGGAGGAAAAGCGAGCUGUCACUGGCACUCAGCCUCUCGGAGAGACAGAUAAAGAUUUGGUUUCAGAACAGACGCGCCAAAGAGCGAAAGAUAACACGGAAAAGACAGCAGCAUUCCCAGCAAGCGUCCACGACCACGCCCACCCCUCCUGCACUGGGUGGGCUCACGGACACCCAUAUCUCCGCCAGCCCACGGCAAGACAUUUUAUCUGACACAGUGUCAGAGGAGUACUAAGUAAAAAUGGCAUCACAUGGACUGGCAAAGCACUGGAUGUCUCUUUUGUAAACUUUUUUAUUAUAAAACACAAACAUGAUGAAUUUCCAUGACAUAAUAAGCACGUUUUUCUGAACAAGCACGGCAGUCCUGUUGCACUGAUCACAAUACAAACCAUAUAAUAUUAAGACAUCUUCAGCUAUUAAUAGAUAUAAUAACAUGCACACUUUACAACUCUGGUAUUUCUUUCUCACUUGUUGAAAAGAAAAUAUGCAAAAAAACUAAAACUAAAAAAACAAAACAAAACUGCAAAUUCUUCUAAGCGCUGAUGCUGGUGUUGCUGUUUUUGAAUCAUUGUUACAAACAAGGAAGUUGCAGCAAAAAGUUUCCAUACUACUAAUCUUAGAUAUUUUGAUAACUGGCCACAUCCUGACUCUAGCUGUGUUACUCAAUCACAUGCUAGACAGAAAUAGAAGUUCAAUAUGUGCCUUUUAUGUAUGUUUUUGUUAUGUUAAAAAUUGUGAACAGUAAUGACUAAAGUAGUUAUAGUAAAUGUGUAUGUCUGACAAACCAACUACAAAAUGAGGGUUUAAUGAGGAUAGGUAUGAUAUGAAGUAACUUGUAAUGUUUUUAGCAAUUAAAAUGUUAACCCUU